GUCGUUAUCUAUUCUAUUAUCCCUGAGUCUCAGUCUCAGCUUCCUCUCGUCACUCGGCAGUGUUGCAGACAUGGCCGAAACACCCAUCCGAUUCGGCAUUCUGGGCUGCGCAACAAUAGCGCGUAAGCUGUCGAGAGCCAUAACCCUCUCUCCCAUUUCUUCACUCUACGCCGUCGGCAGCCGUUCCCUCGACAAGGCAAAGAAAUUCGCCGCGGAAAAUGGUUUCCCUCCGUCGGCGAAGAUCUACGGCAGUUACGAAGCCGUACUCGAUGACCCAAAUGUGGACGCUGUGUACAUACCGCUUCCGACGAGCCUGCACUUGAAAUGGGCUGUGUUGGCCGCGGAGAAGAAGAAGCACUUGCUACUUGAGAAGCCCGUGGCAUUAAAUGUGGCAGAGUUUGAUCGGAUCAUCGAGGCCUGUGAGGCUAAUGGUGUACAGUUCAUGGACGGAUCCAUGUGGAUGCACCACCCAAGGACUGCCAAGAUGAAAGAGUUCCUCUCUGAUUCAAAGCGUUUCGGUCAGCUCAAGAUGGUUCACAGCUUCUCUUCCUUUGCUGCUAGUGAUGAUUUUCUGAAGAACGAUAUCCGGGUAAAGCCAGAUCUUGAUAGCCUUGGGGCUCUUGGUGGUUUAGGUUGGUACUGCAUCAGUUCAAUAUUGUGGGCUGCUGACUAUGAACUGCCCAAAACAGUGACUGCCCUUCGUGGACCUGUUCUUAAUGAAGCAGGGGUGAUCUUGGCUUGUGGAUCUUCUUUACAGUGGGAGGAUGGGAAGACAUCAACUUUCCAUUGCUCAUUCCUCUCCAAUUUGACCUUAGAUAUAACCGCGAUUGGAACGAAAGGAACUCUACAUGUCCAUGAUUUUAUUGUACCUCACCAAGAGAGAGCUGCUUCAUUUUCUGCUGCAUCUCAGACUGGCUUCACAGAGCUCGUUUCAGGUUGGGUUCCAUUGCCUUCUCAGCAUGUGGUCACAACAGAUCUCUCUCAGGAAGCUUGCAUGGUGAGGGAGUUCUCUAGGUUGGUGAAACGUAUAAAGGAGAGUGGUUCCAAACCAGAGACUAAGUGGCCUAGCAUCAUCAGGAAGACACAACUGGUUCUAGAUGCAGUCAAGGAAUCCAUUGAGAAAGGUUUCGAGCCAGUCCAGAUUGGGGAUUAAUUUGGAGAUUGAGACUCAAUUCAAUUCCUGGAUCUUUGAAGAUUCAGGAAUUUUUACUAUAUCUUUGAUUCAUGGACCAAAUUUGAUUCAGUAGAUCCCAUCCUCUUUUAUUGUUUGUUGCUUGUCGUCUUUAAAUUUUAAUGGAAAAUCCGAUUGCCGGCAUAUGGUCAGUGCAGCCUGUUGUAAUUUACGUUUCCUUGAUUAGUGACUUAUUAAUUGUACCGCUUCAAUUGAUAUCAAGAAAUAAAUUCAAAAUCAAAGUAA